GAUAACAGUUUCCUCAUCCUGCUGCUGAUAGACUUGUUGUAAAAAACAAAACAAAAAAUUGUUUUCCUCUGAGCUUGCCAGGUGGCAACACCUCCAUUCCACACGUCCCUGACAGACCUCAUACAGCUCUGCAGGCUCAUGUGAAUACAUUUUUUGUCAAAUGUUUGUGUGUCUCCCUAUACCUGGAGCUCCUGCCUGUGCCGCCAGAUGUCUGGUCUAUAAUGAACCAAAGAAGGGAAUAAUAAGAAGCGCCUCACAGAUGUUGUUGAAUUAUUCCUCAGAGUAAAGGAAACUGAUUUGAUUUUACAGCUGAAGUACUGUAUAGACUUUAAUACACAAGCUGACAGUAAGGGUGGAGGUUAAGUGUUGGGAGGGGUCUUUGUUGUGUCUCUCUAACUGUCAGACCUUUAGAAAUCUGUUUGUUUGCUUCUGUCUCUUAUAAUCCGGCAGCCAGUGACCCCACAGACCAGCGCCGGGCUCAGGGGUGUGUCAUCCACGAUGCCUCUCUAUAAACACAAGAACACAACAGAGACGUGAGCGCACAACGAGACGAGGGGCUAAGAGGAGACCUGGUUCAGACGGUUGUAUUUAUUGCUCAUGGAGAAAUUGUCCAAAAUCUCCAAACCUUUUCGACAGAAGACUCCUGGAAACCAGACGGAGGAAAAUGACGAGAUCGAGGACGUGAAACUACAAACCAAGCAGGAAACGACAGAUGAAGGACUCACAGACCAAAAAGUGAUGGCCGGAGAGGCUUUGGACCGGAGGAACAUCUGGGAACCGAGUGUUUACUACGCUCUGGGGAAGGAGUCCUUUCAUUUUGCGGGUCAUGACAUCAGCAUCCGCGAAUCAAUAGAUAGUUAUGGCGCUCUGAUCUGGCCCGGGGCUGUCGCUGUGUGCCAGUUCCUGGAAAAUAACCGGAGUCAAGUGAACCUGAUGGACAAAGCUGUGCUGGAGAUCGGAGCCGGGACUGGUUUACUCUCGAUACUGGCAAGUCUGCUGGGGGCUUGGGUGACAGCCACCGACCUGCCGGACAUCUUGCCUAAUCUGACUUUUAACCUUCUGCGAAACACCAGGGGCCGCUCCCGCUACACCCCUCAGGUGGCGGCCCUCACCUGGGGUCAGCACCUGGAGCGGGACUUCCCCCAUCUCUCCUACCACUACGACUACGUGCUCGCGGCAGACGUCGUCUAUCACCACGACUCCCUGGAGGAGCUGCUGCAGACCAUGCAUUACUUUUGCCAACCAGGAAGUCAAACGACGCUGCUUUGGGCCAAUAAGAUCCGGUUCCAGUCAGACCUGAGGUUCAGCGAGCGCUUUGAGAGCAGUUUUAACACGACGCUGCUCUCCGAGCUCCCACAGCAGGAGGUGAGGAUCUACCAGGCUACAGCGAAGGAGUGACAGGAGCCUGAGUUUUCCAAAAAGUUCGAAAUUAGGUGUUUGAAAAAAGAAAGAAAAGGUUUUAAUGACAUUCCUAGAUAGAGUUUUUGUUUGUUGUCACACUGAAACAAAAUGAACUUCCUGACUCAAGUUUUCAUGAACUAUUUUAUUCGCCAGUACUUUUUCAUACAUUUGUUCAAUAAUUUGAUUUAAAAAAUAAAUGGAUUUAUUGUAAACAUU